AAGAGCGAUAGACCACACAGUUAUUUUUACACAUCACGCAGUUAUCGCUCUACCUCAUGAAAUGCUUCGAACGUAAGAAACUCGGAUGCGCGGUCUCGUGAAAGGUCCUGUUUGAGGAAUCCUCACGCGCACGCAGCUGCAGCAUGAAAACAUUUCAGUACCCGAUACUCAGGGAUAGCUCCGCUCCUUUUUCGCCUCCUCAUUAAUUUACCAACAGACGGAGGGUGUUUUCAUCACUUACACUGAAGAUGUACCAGGGACAUUCACAGUUGUGUAGUGAGCAGCAAGAGAGCCGUCCGUUACUGAGUCCUUCCAUUGAUGACUUCCAGAGUGAGGGCAAGAGUGAUGGAGCAGCUCGGCCAGCCAUUUCCAACACAGCAGUCUUGUCCACAACAUUAGAUCUGGUGGACUUGAGUGAACCGUGUGAGAGGAGGUGGACCUGGGACCGAUGGAGCCCCCGUGGGUCUUGUAAGAAUGGUUUCUCUAAGAGCAACCUUCGCAGGAAGAAGUUUGAAGAGACGGAGCUGAUCCAGGUGGAGACAGAGCCGUCUUCUCCCAGCCCCUUCAAUCCUGAAAGAGACUCUUUAGAUUCAGUGAGCAGUUCACCCCUAGAGAAAUGGGAGGAUGUGAGCCUUCACACAGACAGUGCCUUGAAUGAAGGGAGGAAGUGGAGAUCGGAGAGGAAGAGGUGCACUUCCAACCAUUCAUCCAGUGAGCUUCUGUGGUCUGCAGACUUUAAGACAGAUUUCUCUAACAGACAUAGUGCCCUGGAGUUGAGCAUUAGCACAGAGUCAGACCCUGGGCCCACCCCUCAGUGGCAAAGGCCCCAGCUGGGCAGUACUUUACUGGGGAGACAACACUCAUUAGAGGAGGAGUUUGUGCGAGCCAAGGCUGCUGUGGAGUCAGACACCCAGUUCUGGGAUAAAAUGCAGGCUGAGUGGGAGGAACUGGCGAGACGUAACUGGCUAGACGAUGCUGACAGUGAAGGACUGGCUCCACUCAACAUCUCACCAACUGAAAAGGGUUACUGUUUCCACAGUAAUAACCCCUUUAAAGACUCCAUCAAUGCCUUUGAGGGGGGGCUGCAUAGGUGCACAGAUGGGGAUUUGAACAGUGCUGUAUUGCUGCUGGAGGCAGCCAUCUUACAAGACCCUCAAGAUUCAGAGGCUUGGCAGGUUUUGGGGACCACACAAGCAGAGAAUGAGAAUGAGCAGGCAGCCAUUGUUUGUCUUCAGAGAUGUUUGGAGCUGCAUCCAAAUAACCUGAAGGCUCUGAUGGCUCUGGCAGUGAGCCUAACCAACACAGGACAACAGCCUGAAGCCUGUGAGGCUCUCCACCGUUGGAUCAGAUACAACCCCAGAUACAGGCAUCUGCUGCAGGACCGCAGCCCUCUGGAUGGCUCACCGCUGCCCCACCGCAGAGGCUCCUCCAUCUCCCGUAUCUCCACUCUUGGAUGUACUCAGCUGGUGGAGGUGUUGGAACUGUAUCAGGAAGCAGUGCAGCAGAACGCAGACGGAGUGGACCCUGAUCUUCAGACAGGUCUUGGUGUGCUCUUCAACCUCAGCUCAGAGUUCGACAAAGCUGUAGACGCUUUCAACGCUGCAUUAUCUGUCCGACCAGAGGACUAUCGGCUGUGGAACCGACUUGGGGCAACAUUGGCUAACGGCGACCGCAGUGUGGAGGCGGUGGAGGCCUACACCAGAGCUCUUGAGCUUCAGCCAGGCUUCAUCCGCUCCAGAUACAACCUCGGCAUCAGCUGCAUCAACCUGGGGGCACAUCGGGAGGCAGUGAGCAACUUUCUGAUGGCUCUGCACCAGCAAAGGAAGAGCAGGAGUCAUCAGGUGAUGUCCAGCAACAUCUGGGCAGCUCUGCGCAUUGCUCUGUCCUUCAUGGACCAGCCGGAACUUUUCCAGGCAGCUAGCGUUGGAGAUCUGGACCUCCUUAUGAGGGCCUUCAACAUGGACCUGUGAUCACACUUUGACCUGUGAAAUUGAUCAUUCACUAACAGUAGGCUCAAAGCUAGGCUUGAGUGAAUGAUGGAUGUAAAUCUAAUAUGCAGAUUGUACACAGCUAUUUAUUGUUAUAUUUAUGGGAUACUGGGCAGCCAUUACUAGGGUGUUUAUUCUAUAAAGCACAAAUGAAAGAAUUGAGACUAGAGGAAUAAAUGACUGAGGGAGAGCAAAAGCACUUUUCAAAAUAUUCUUGAUGGUAGUUCUAUUUAAUUGUAAAAUUAUUUUUAAGAUUAUUUGAAAACUUUGUAUACUUGAGAAAAAUGAACCAAACUUGUGAAUAGAGGGAAUAUUUUGCUCAGCUUAUGGACUAGCAUUAAAUAUUAAUCCUUUCAAAAAAUGUAACUUAUCAAAUUCACAAGCGCUGGCCUUUCAAUUCCUGCUGUCAAUCCCUCUUCAUAACCACAAAGUGACGCUGUUGACCCAGUGAAAAAACACACACCCUUAAAUGCAGUCAGUGCAUCCUCUACCAAACACCCUGACACCAUGUGCAGUGUGAUGAAUUACAUUAGCUGAAUUAUACUUUAGGACACAACACCCUCUCAGGGUGAUCCCAGGUGUGCGGGCAGGGUGUGUUCCCCAGGCCAUCUGUCUUCCAGCAAGCCCCUUUAAAAGCUGCGUGCUCCAGGGCAUACUGGAUCAGGGCUCGGUGGGGUGCAACUUCAAAGACUCUGCAUGAAAGGUCACAGCAAAAGCAGUAUCAUGUUGAAAGUGAGCAACGUCCCUAUGUGUAAGAGCAUCAGCCCAAACGCUUAAAGCCAACUGAAAAUAUAUACAUUAUACUGUAUAUCUAUAUGAACAUCUUAGUCAUACAUUUCACACAUUGGGCCUGAUAAGUUUAAAGUGCAUUUCCUAUGACUGAAAACACUUUAUUCUGUGGAGAUAUAACAAUUUAUAGAGAUUAAAGCCAUGUGUUAGAACAGUAAUUAUUUCAGAUCGUUUUCAGUAGGGUUAGGCUGGACAUUUUGUUUAAAGCCAUAACUAUGCAAACAAGAAUUGUGGGUUGUUUUUGGCUAAACUUACCAAAUAUUGUAGUGGGUCUAGUUUAUAUUCGGAUUUUUCUUUAUAAUUUUACCACUGUGCAUUAUCAGUGAAGUUAGUAUAGCUGAAGAAUAGCAGAGAUUAUUGAACCGCACUGAAUGAGAUACAGACAUACAUAAUUAAACAUUAAUAAUGCAUUAUUAUUUUGGCCAGUGAGAGACAAGACAGCUUCAUUAGUCACAAUUGAAAUAUUACAGAUGAUUUUGGGGGAAAUUGGGGAAAUCUGAAAUGAUGAUUGUAUGUAUGAGACAAAAACCGCUUUUCCUCUACAUUUCCCCAUAUUUUAACUUUAGGUGGAAUGUAACUACUAAUGUAAAAUAUUUUAUUUAGAAAUUCUGGCAUUGCCACAGAGAAAAUUUUAAACACCAACAAACUAUAUAUGACUGUAUUUAAAACCGUAUGCCAGAUCUAUGGGCACAGUAUGCGGGCAUUAUUGACACUUGUCGAGUAGAGAAUCACACUAAUUUUGCUAUGACCAGAGCUGUUAACAAUGCAACUAUGAAUAUUAUUAGAAAUGACUGUAGAAUAGCAGAAUGAAAUGCAUUUUAUUUUUUACUAAUAUAAACUAUAUUAUUGAAUGGAAUGACAAGUCAUAAAAUGUAUGCAUGUCUAGGCAUCAUGUAUAAUCUUUCAGUCUCACCUACGUUAACAGGUA